AUGCAGGACAACGAUGUACCGUAUCUCGCUACCCGGGAGAAGUCGACUGCGAACCAGGCUCAGUCGACGACGCAAGCUGAGCAGACAUCUCAGGCGCAGCAGACUGCACCUACUUCGAAUCAGCAACAGCAACAACAGACUCUUGUCGAUGCUGCUGCAACGACACCUCAACCUGCUGCUUCAUCGCCGCAAGCUACACAAGCAGAAUCAACGCCCAGCUGGUCAUCAACACAAACAUAUGAUGACGGCAAAUGGACCAGCUCCAAUCCCACAGCGUCAGCCACCGAGGCCUCAUAUACGAUAACAUCGACCGGCACAGACAUCGUGCUUGGGAUUUCAACUUCGAGUGACUCUUUGACAACGUUCACGACCAGCACCAUGUCGGACAAAUCACACUCGCAAAGCAUGACUUCUUCAACAACAGGUGCUAUGAAGACAGACGAUCCGAUGGCUCAAGCAGGUCAAAAUACAAACACGCGGGCGGGACAAAUAGCGGGAAUUGUCUCAGGAUCGGUUGCUGCUGCGAUGCUUGUUGGAUUGGUUGUGAUGUAUUCAAUAUUCAAGAGGAGGAAGCGACAUCCCUUGGCUUGAGAAUAUUUUAAGAGUGUAGGAGGGCAUAGGGCAUGCUGUGCUCGGCGGGUUCCGAGUAAUGUGUGGUGCUCCACACUUUGGAAUGCAUUGUUUGAUCUAUGUGGGCAAUUGGGAGAGCGUCUUGCGAGAUGGUCCUAGGUCUCGACUAAAUUUUCAUGUAAAAUCAGCAUGAGCGAAAUGGAAGCAUUGCAAAGGAAAGACGUUAGAGGAUCGAAGCAGACAUAAAAAGAAAAAU